AUGUCUACCAAUUCUUCCGAGCACACCGUGUCUGCCGGUGGUCCACCAUCUCCGGCCGACGGUAAUCCCCUUGCUGGAGCGCAUCACUACGUAACCAUGAAGCUGACAUCCCGGAACUUCUUGUUCUGGCGUAUGCAGCUGGUUCCCUUUCUCCGGGGCCAGGAACUCCUCGGCUACGUAGACGGUAGCUUCCCAUGUCCGGCAGCCACGAUCGCCGCGGCUUCAUCCGGCGACUCCACCAGUGCGACUCCGGCGAGCGUUGUCCCGAAUCCGGCGCACCAUGCUUGGGUGAAGCAGGAUCAGUCCAUCCUCUCACUCCUGAUUUCGUCCAUGUCUGAUGAGGUGUUGCGUCAAGGCAACUCGACGACAGCAGAGUAUCUCGGCCAUGCAGGUGUGUUGGCGGAGGUGCUCGUACAAGCUGGCCGGCCUCUCUCCCUGAUGGAACAAAACCUGUACGUCAUCAGAGGACUCCGCCCGGAACUGAAGACCUUGGCUGCGGCGUUCACCAAUGGAAAUGCGGUGACACUGGAUCAUCUCUCCGACUACCUGGCGGCUAAUGAAUUCAUGGAAGGAAGAAACCAGGACAGAAGCCAUGGAAGUCAGGAGAAGGGUGGUGAAGAGAGCUUUCUCAAUUAG